AUUUUCUAUUAACCGCAGGACAUUGUGCCUAUCCCUAUAAUGAUACCUCACCAAAAUUGUUUUAUCGUCAUUAUGGUAAUUUGCCUUUUUUAAUUGGAGCAAUGGAGAGUUAUUCGGUCACACCAAUUGAUGUUGCUUUGGCAAAUCCGAAAUAUGUAGAGUAUUUUAUUAUAGGAAGCAUAGAAAUAAUUAGUACUAAUGUUCAUAUAUGUAAGUCGGGGUUUUCAACCGGUAUUACUUGUGGUUAUGUGAAAUCACUUUAUGCAGCCACUAUAUCUGAAGACGGUCUUAGAAUAGGUGGUUUAAUAACAACUGUAUACUCUUAUCUCGGUGACAGUGGCGGAUCUAUGUUUCAAUUCAGUUACAGUAAUUAUUCGAUACCUUUCGUAUAUGCAGUCGGUAUACUUUCAGGAGGUAAUCACAACUCAUACGAAGCUACGACAUAUUGUGAACCAAUAAGAACAGCUUUUGCAUAUGGUUACAUUCUUGUUCAUUAUCCACACUAA